UCGACACCCCCCCCCCCCCAUAUUCCCUCAAAAAGCCAAGCGAACCCCUCUCCAUCUCCCCAUCUCCCCAUCUCCCCAUCUCUCUGUCUUCCAAGCGGAACAAUGACCGACAACGUUGAUGCGGCCGUGCAUCCGUGGAUGCUUGGCGUCGUCGAGGGCUUUUACGGUCGUCCGUGGCAGAUGCACCAACGAUCUGAGCUCUUCACGCUUCUCAACCAUUGGGGCAUGAACGCCUAUGUGUAUGCUCCAAAGGACGAUCACAAGCACCGUGCCUUCUGGCGCCAGCUCUACACCGACGACGAGCUCGCACGCCUGAGCGAGUUGAUCGCAGAGGCGCGCAGGAACAACGUGGAGUUCAUCUACGCCAUCUCCCCUGGUCUCAGCAUGGUCUACUCAUCGGAUACAGAGAACAAACUCCUCCACGACAAGCUGAGCCAGGUGCAUGAGCUCGGAUGCACGAGCUUUGCCAUCCUUUUUGACGACAUCGACAAGGGCAUGUGCACGGAGGACCACGAGGCGUUUGAGUCGCUCGCACACGCGCACUGCGAGGUUGCCAACCGCAUUCUGUCGUACAUUGGACCGCGCCGCCUCCUUUUCUGCCCGACCGAGUACUGCACGUCCCGCGCAGAUCCGAGCAUCAAGGACAGCGCGUACCUGUCCACCGUCGGGCACGUGCUCGACCCGGCCAUCCAGGUGCUGUGGACCGGCGAUGCCGUCAUCCCAGAGUACAUCACGCCAGAGUCGCUUGCCCCCGUCAACGCCGCCAUCCGCCGCAAGUGCGUCAUCUGGGACAACAUUCACGCCAACGACUACGACCCGCGGCGCGUGUAUCUUGGGCCAUAUGCGGGGAGGCCGCACCAGCUGCGCGAGCACGUGGACGGCGUCCUCACCAACCCAAACUGCGAGUACACGUCAAACUUUGUUGCGCUGCACACCAUGGCUGCGUGGCACAACCUCGGCCCCGCAUACGACCCGCGCGUUGCGUACCGCCAGGCCAUUACGGACUGGCUGCCGCGCCUUGUGUCGCGCGGGCAGCAGGCGGCCAUCACGGCGGAGGCGAUGGUGCGGCUGUGCGACAUGUUCUAUCUUCCUUACCAGCACGGUUCAGCUGCAUCCACUUUUAUUGCAAACUUCCUCUGGCUCGAAGACACCCCGACUACCGACGAGGAGUGGAGUGACCGGUGCAACACGUUCAGAGAAGAGUGCACCCACCUGGUCAAGCUCUGCAAGACGGUGUGCGCGCUCUCCUGUGACCUCGCGCGCGACCUCUACCGCUACCUCUGGGACCUGCAGGAGAUGCUGUCGAUGUUGUGCGGGGUGCUUGAUCGCCUAUCGUCGCCGAUUGCCUUCCGGCCAACCCGCACUGCCCGACCGUCCCUCGCCCCGUCCCUUGCCUUUGGCGGCAUGCUCGCCACCUUGCACCAGCUGGUGCUGCCGUACGGCGCGGAGCACGGCACGUCCAUCUGCACGAGCCACCGCAUCUACGCCAUGCGGCCGUGCUUCGAGUCCGACCGCGACUACCUCUACGACCUCUGCAUCAAGGCGGGCAGGGCCGGCGCCGACCCACAAAAAGUGUACGAGUGCCCAACGAUUCUGGGCGACCGCUGGGUGGGGCCCUACCUCUCUCUUCCCGGCUGCCUCGCUUACGUGCUCGAGGACAACCAGGGCGUGUGCGGGUAUGUGCUUGCUGCCAUUGACUCGCGCGCCUUCUACCGGGACCUGCAGUCGCUGUAUCUGCCGAGCGUUGCCGGCAAGUACACGCCGCCGGCGGAGCCGCGCAGCAACUGGAAGCCCGUCGACCACCUCCUCCACGAGCUCCUCAACCCCACAUUCUACAUCGACGAAGACAUCAUGAAGUCGUACCCGUCGCAUCUGCACAUUGAUCUCCUGCCGCGUGCACAGAAUCAGGGCAACGGGCGCCGUCUCAUCAACCUCCUCCUCCGCAACCUCCAGGCGUGUGGCUCCGUCGGUGUCCACCUCGAAGUCCCCGCUGAAAGUGCGGGCGCACACCGCUUCUACGAGCGGCUCGGCUUCUCCCCCCUCAGCGUCAACAUGGCGAACAAGGUGUACUUUGGCAAGACGUGGGCGUCGUCGGCGCCGGAAUCGCAGCCAGACGCGCAGCUGUCGUCGCACACGGCCAUGUUGCCAACGGGCGCCACCGCCACUUGCUCCGUCGUGCCAGCGACCACCACAUGAUGAACAAUGCACCGUGCAUGGUGCGGCGUGCGUCAUGGCGUGUGACGAUUGACACAUGACAUGACUCCGACGUCGUGGUCACCGGUCACCUUGUGUGCGCCUUUCUCUCCUUUUCCCACCUCAUUCAGUGUGUCUCUCUCUGUGUCGUCCCUUUCCUUCUCCUCCUCUCACUUCCUUCCUUUCCUGGUCAUUCUUAGCCUGUCUCAAUCCGCAAUGUAAUUAUGCGGUGAUUGUUUCACACACACACACCUCCCCCUUCUCCAAUCCAACCCCUCUUCACGUGAUGUCACCAACCAACAGAGGGGUGUCGUGUUUGUGUGGUUUGCUGAAUUGCCAUGUUUGCUGGUGGCACAGUGGUUGUGUUUGCCAAUGGCUUGUUUUGAUGAUGUGUAUUGUGCGCGGUUCACGAGCCCUAUUUCAGAGGUUACAAUGACCCACUGCUUCAAUUGUGUAUUUGCACGUACACAGCACCUUAGCUUCUUCUAUUGCGCCGCCUUCUGCUGCCGUUAAAUGCGAGCGGCGUUCACAUCUUAAUCUGCAUUCGCCCUAACUGCCGCCACCUGCUUUCCAUGUUGUUGUUGUUGCCGUUCUCUGUCCUUUUCCUUAAACACGGCACCCUUUCUCCCCACACACGUCUCUUCAUGCGAUUGGGAUGAGGGUUAUCACCAACCUCCCUCCCUCCCUCCCAUCUUUCCCCACACCCCACAUCCUAGUUUCUCCCCUGCUGUGUGCUGUUGACCUGGUUAUCGUGCA